AUGUAUGCUUUAACAGAACUCGACCAACAUGAAAAUAAUUGUACUCAUAAUCCGAUAAAUUAUAAUCCAACAAUUAUUGUAGAAUUUUCAAUACCUAUUCAACCUUCUCCUUCUCGUGCAUCUUCUUUUCAAACCAAUAUAAACCCAACUAUAUUACCAUAUGAUUCAUUUGCCUCAUUAUCAUCAUUUGGUGAAACAGAUGAUCAUCAGCAAGAUUUAUGCACUUCAUCCGUGCCACUCAUUAUACAAACUGGUGAACGAAGUGCUGUAGUCUGUUCGACAUAUCUUCCAACAAUCACAGUUCAAACCAAAGAACGACCAAAGUCGAAAGUGAAACAAACUUCAAAUGUAUCAGUCGCAUCAACUAAUUUAACAACUAAUACUAUUGAUGGCCAACCGCCCCAAGUACGUCAAGUGUCUAGUUUCUAUGGUAUUAAAACAAGUGGUAUAUUCAACAUUAUUUUAACCAUGGGUACAACAAAACCAGAAAGUGUUAUGCUUGUCAGUGAUCAAGCUAAAUCAUUGGAAAAAAUUGAAACA